AUGGAGACUCUGCGUCUGUCUGCCAUGUGGUUGUGCCUACUGGUCAGCGUAUGCACUGCUGCAGCCCCAGUAGAGGAAGAGAACCCAGAGUUCUGGAGAAAACAGGCCCAGAAAGUUCUCCAAUCUGCCCUCAGCCGAAAGCUCAACACCAACGUGGCGAAGAACAUCGUGCUCUUCCUGGGCGAUGGGAUGGGCAUCACCACCAUGACCGCUGCCCGGAUCCUCAAGGGCCAAUUGCAGAACCGGACCGGAGAGGAGACAGUUAUGACCAUGGAUACCUUCCCCCAUUUGGGCCUGGUUAAGGUGUACUGUGUGGACUUCCAGAUCCCGGACAGCGCAGCGACAGGCACGGCGUACCUGUGCGGGGUCAAGUCCAACCUGAACACGGUGGGGGUGAAUGCCGCCGCGCGGAACGGCGUGUGUCGCACCCAGAAGGGCAACGAGGUCACCUCCAUCCUGAAGUGGGCCAAAGACGCAGGGAAGUCGGUGGGCAUCGUCACGACAACCCGAGUGCAGCACGCCACUCCGGCCUCCUCGUACGCGCACAGCGCCAGCAGGAAGUGGUACACCGACGCGGACAUGCCCACAGCCGCCAAGAGGGACGGCUGCACCGACAUCGCCUCUCAGCUGCUCAACAACACCGACAUCAACGUGAUUAUCGGAGGCGGGAGGAAGUACAUGACUCCCAAGAACACCUUUGACCCCGAAUACCCAACGGAUGCGACGGCGGGGGGCCAAAGGACCGAUGGGCGGAACCUGAUCUCAGAGUGGCUGAAGAUGAAAGAGGGGAAGGUCGCCCACUACGUCUGGAACCGCACUGACUUUGACGCCGUGGACCCUGAAACCACAGACUACCUCAUGGCUUUGUUUGAGCCCGGAGACAUGCGCUUCGAGGUGGAUAGGGAUCCCGCCAUGGACCCCUCCAUCACGGAGACCACCGAAAAAGCCAUCCGAAUUCUGCGGAAAAACCCCAAGGGAUUCUUCCUGCUGGUGGAAGGCGGGCGAAUCGAUCAGGGGCACCACCAGAGCCGGGCGUCCAUGGCCCUGCACGAGACCGUAUCGCUGGACAACGCUGUAGCGCGCGCGCUGGAACUGACGGGCGAGGAGGACACGCUCACCCUGGUCACCGCCGACCACUCCCACUCCCUCUCCUUCAACGGCUACCCCUUCCGAGGGAACAGCAUUCUGGGAAAAUCUCCGCUGUUUGGGUCAGAUACGUUGCCCUUCACAACACUGAUGUAUGGAAACGGACCCGGACAUAAGAUUGUCAACGGCAAGCGACCAGACAUCCGGAAGAUAAACACAGGCGCUAAAGACUACGUCCAGCAGGCAGCGGCCCCGCUGGCCUCGGAGACUCACGGAGGGGAGGACGUGGCUGUGAUGGCGAGGGGCCCCAUGUCUCACCUGUUCCACGGGAUCCAGGAGCAGAGCUACAUCCCGUACGCCCUGGCCUACGCUGCCUGCAUCGGGCAGGACCAGGGCCACUGCCCGGCCCAACAGCCCGAGCCCUCCGCCCUCACGCCCGCCGCCACCACCAUCAGCGGCUCCACCUCUCCCCACGCUCCCCUGGCUGCUGUGCUCCUCAGCACCCUGCUGGCCGCCAGCGCACAGGUCAUACUGAGUCUCAGCUGA